AUGUCGUCAGAGAGUCAUCUACCAACAAUUCCCAUGCCAGAGGACAGCUCAUUAUCGGUUAUCCCAACGUCAGAGUCAGCAACUGCUGAAGAGAACAGGGCACUACGCCUCCGCAUGUUGGAAAUGUGGGACGCUUGGUCUAACGGUAGAGAGCCGCCUAGUACAAUACAUGGUUUCCCCGAGCUGAUUCCCAGAACAAGUGGAACCUCCAACCUCCCUAUAAAUUACCCGAAUACCCCACUCGGAUACCCCACCAUGUCAGCCUAUUUUGUCGGAACGCCUUCUGAGGUUCGCCCCCAGGCACUGAUUUCGGGAGUGGCUUCUAACAUAUUCCCCGCACCACCAACCUCGGCCACGGCACAGCCAAUAUUUCCCAGGCCAAGCUUUGAGCCAUCAUCCUUUACUUUCCAAACACCACCAUUUCUACCGGAGACGGGUCAUGUCACUACAAACUCCUACCCUCAACAACCUUGGUAUGAGUUUACCGCGGGACAAGAGAGAACUGUAAAAAAUCCCGAGCAAGAGGAGAUCAAUCGGAAAAUGAAAAGCAUAGAACAAAGUCUCAAGAACAUACAAGGCCUGAGUGGCCAGAAGAGUGUAUCCUAUGCUGACUUAUGCAUGUUCCCGCAUGUUCAUCUGCCCAUCGGUUUCAAGACUCCCAAAUUUGAGAAAUAUGAUGGACAUGGGCAUCCCAUAGAUCAUCUAAAGAGACAAUUCCAAUACAACGUGGAGAUAGCUCCAGAUAGAAACUCUUUGUCCAAUUUCAAAGAGAAGUCUUCGGAAAGCUUCCGAGAAUAUGCUGUCAAGUGGCGCGAACAAGCUGCCAGGGUGAAGCCCCCAAUGGAUGAGACCGAGAUGGUCAGUGUCUUCCUGCAAUCCCAAGAGGCUGAUUACUUCCAGAAGACGUCCACUAUGGGCAAGCCAUUUGCAGAAGCCAUAAAGAUUGGGGAAAUGGUAGAGAAUGGUUUGAAAACGGGUCGCAUCCUGAGCCAGUCGGCUAUAAGAGCCACCUCUCAAGCAAUCCAGAGUGGGUCGGGGGCUGCAGCAAACCGGAAAAAGAAAGAAGAGGUAGCAAUGAUGGCCUCAAAUCUGAAAAAUCCUCGUCAACCCCGAGGUUACUUUGGUUCCUCUUCCAGAACCCCACAGCAUUACUACCCUCACCAAGAUGCGGCAUAUGCCAUGACUCCUCAUCCUUAUGCAGUAAUGAACGCCCAGCCGCAAAACCCAGAGUCACCCUCCUACCGACCCGGCACCCGAUGUGCUUAUCAUUCAGGGGCAGAGGGGCACGAUACUGAAGAUUGCUGGACCCUUAAGAGAGCGGUCGAGAACCUGAUAGAGCAAAAACGGGUAGUGUUGAGGGAUGAGGAGACCCCCAAUGUAACCAAUAACCCACUGCCGGCUCAUAAUAACGGGCCAGUUAUUGGGAUGAUUUGUGAGGACAGGGAAUUCGACCCAGCUUUGAAGGCUAUCAUUGCUAUUGCCGAUGUUGAAAAGAAGCCCAAAGCGGCAGCAAAGCCAGCUAAGGAUGAGAAGAAAAGCAACUCCACUCCUCAAAGAAUAGAAAAGACUGUGGAAGCCAAAACAGGGGCAGUACCUCCUAAAGAUGUCGUUCUUUAUGUUCCCAAGGCCCCCAGAAAAGAACAGUUCGUGUUGAGUCCCCCCAAAAGGUUCGAGCUAAACAAGGGACCUAAGAUGUACGUACCAAAGGGGACAUAUGUGGCGCGGGGGCCGGUAAUCUCACCCAGGCUGACUGAGCCCGUGGUUAUCAGCCGCGCGCCACAGAAGCCCAUGAAAGACCCCACGGUCGUCCCAUGGAACUACAACAAAGCAGUGGUGACGUACAAAGGAAAAGAAAUCAUGGGGGAAGUGAAUGAAACAAACCCGUCUGGGAAGUACCUCAAUUUGGAAGAAUUGAACAAGACCAAACAGAAGCGUUUUCCGCUUAAAAAGCCAGUCAGUGCUGAAGAGGCAGAGGAAUUCUUCCGAAAGAUGAAAACCUCGGAGUACGAUGUAAUUGACCAACUCCGGAAGUCUCCCUCCCAGGUCUCACUUUUGUCUCUAUUGAUAAGUUCGAAUGAGCAUCAGAAAGUGCUGUUGAAGACGCUUAAUGAAGCAUAUGUUCCGGUCGAGACCACGGUUGAGCAACUGGAAAGAAUGGCGGAAUGA